AUAGGCUCAAACAGAACGGCGGUGCGACAUCCUGCCAGCAAAGAGCGGCUCAUUGCUGAUGUAGUUACUCGUCGCUGCCCAGCCCACAGAGCGCAGCUCUGAUAUUCAACUUGACCUGGAGUAAUCCCCAAAGUCAUUUUUGCUUUGGUCGACAAGGUCUCGACCGAACACGUCCGUCGUCUCGAGGGCUCAUCCGCUUGCGCGACUGUAACCGCGGCGCGCUGUCCAAAUCGCGCAUUAGAAGAAGUGAAUGAUGCAGUGAGGAAGCAUUGUGGGAGGACUCUGUGGAAAGACACGCUGUUCACUGGGAGGUAGAGAGACGAACAAAAUCGCACGACUCCAGCUAAGGGAUUGUUUACCCCGUACCCGGCGCAGAGGAGCACCAUUGCGCAGUCUUUACGCACAACCAAAGAGCGGACUGUGGGGCGUCUGUCUGUCAGCACCAUGUCAGCGGCAACAGCUUCAAUAGCAGAUGUUUCCAGAACUGAUAAUUCAAACAGGCGUGACCGGAAUAAAUCAGAUCAGUCUCAGGCUCAAUGCACACCCAUGCCCCUGCCAGCCCUGGGUACCCAGAAGAUCAUCCAGGGCAAUGGCACCAAUGUGGGCACAGUCAUUGCCCUUCAGUGCCCAGAUAAGCACAAAGUAGUCGGAAGAGAGCUGAAGUGCGUCAUGGAUACCAACAGCACCCACUGGGUGGGUGAAAUCUACUGUAAACCUCUGGCUCCCUAUGAGGACUAUGGUUUCCGUGUGGCCGUGCUGGCAUCCAUUGUAAGCUCGGCCAUAAUCUUCCUCAUGUCCAUGGCCUUCAUCACCUGCUGUUUGCUCGACUGCGUCAAGGAGGACAAAAGGAAAAAGGAGGAGAGGGAUGUGCGGCAGUGGGAGGAACAGGCCCAAUAUCAUGAGGACAACAGGUCUCGCUACAGCCAUAAAGGCAGGAACAACAACAACAACAACACCCAGGAGAAGGUGUUUUCACCGUGGGACACCGGUAAUCCAGCCAUGUGUGAUAACAGGCAAGCCUGCAGAUGUCAUCAGCAGUAUGCCUACGGUCCUGCUCGCACAUAUGGCCCCACUCUUCCACUUUCUGCUCUCCCUGGCUCCCCCCGUGACUGCGAACAACCUCUUUUACCCCGAAACCCAGAAUCAGCACAGAUCUCCAGUCUGCCACCUCAGUACUUUGGACCUCCUCAGUCCUCCUGCCAAAGUACGAGCCCAGGCCCGGUCCAGAUCUCAGCAGCAGCAGGGUCUUGUGUGGUGUGGCAGUAUGGAGGACAUCAGAGCAGUUCACCAGGAGUGAACCCAUCAACCACAGAUGAGUCUAACACAGGGAAUAUAAACCCUGCCAAAGAAUUUUCCAUACGGAUUAUAUCAGUGUGAGGAUAUGUGACACAGGAGGUGAAUACCAUCAGUCAAGAACGUGUUUACUGACCAAACAUGUACAACAGUGUCGACAAGGACUAUGGGAAGUAAUAACAGAACAUUCUUGAUGUUGUUGAAAUGAAUUUGUCUGCAGUUGUACACAGUAUGAGGGCUCUAUAGGCAUACUGAUCUGACAGACUCAUGUGCCUUUUGUAAACUGUAAUGGCACACUGCCCUCUGUCUGAAAAGGGGAGCUAUUGCACUUUCUGGACAACAGCCUUGUUGGAUGACACUCCCUGUGAUUAGAACGUCAAGGUACUUUCAUACCCUUAAUAAAGCUGUCCAGAAACCAACUAAAGUGUUAUGUUGACGUUAAAGUUAACGAUUAAGGUGGUUACGGGGACUUAGUUGAUUGUAGGCAGCUGAGGAAGUCUAAUAAACUGAUCUAUCUCAAGGCUGGAAAAAGCCCAGUUGGUGUUUGAGGAGAGCAGCUGGUUAAUAUGUAAAUAUCAUUUUUAAUAAAUGUAAAUAAAUCAAAGACUUCUUCUGAUAACUGCAACUGAAGGAGUGCGAUGGUGUACAUUUCGCUCUCGUGCAAAUGUUUACAAUGUGACAAGGCAGCAGUACAGUGAUUUUGACUACGUGUAAUGAUGUAGCUUAGACACGUGACUCAGAAAAGAAUGUAAUUAACAAGCUGUAUAAUAAAAUGAUUGUUAUCAUU